AUGUCGCUCCUGAAAGAUUUCAUGGAUCCCACACACCACCGCUUUCGUCGGCGGACCAGGGGCCCAGAGCACCUGGACUACGAGAAUGCAGAGGCAACGGUGGAGCCACAAAGGCAGCUGGCAGUCUUGGUGCGUGAUGCAACAAUGAAGAUCGCGGAGCACAUGGGCGAGGUCGCGCAGGCCCAUUCCACACUGAUGCAGGGGCUUCAAAGGUAUUUCGGUCUGGAUGUCAGCGGCGUGGACACCUCUGCCAUGGCCCUAGUGCAGGAAUGCGCGAGCGUCACAGAGUCCUUCGAGCAGACCCUGAAGAAAGCCGGCUUCGCACAGGUCAUGGGAAGCUGUGAUGAGAUCCUGAAGGAGUGCAGUUCAGUGGCCGGCCUGCUGAACGAACGAGAUGACGCUCUCUCCGAGAGGCAGCACUACGAAGAGAAGGUCGCGACCCUGCGCAGCGUCUCCAAGGGCGUGGUCACAGAGCAGAUCGCCCGAAACCAGGAGAAGCUAGAGCGUGCCAAGGAAUCUCAUCAUCAGAAGGAGGAUAAGCUCACCGCGGCACUGCAGUCGUUCAUCUAUCGAAGGCCCGUGCACUUUCGGCAGACGCUUUUGGCACUCUUCCGGCAACACGUCGGUGUGUUGGCGGAGGUGGGAGCGAAGGCAGAGGAGGCCAUGAAGGCCGUAGCGGCGGAGUUGCAGGUGGGACAAAAGGCACGCAUUGUUGGUCUCCAGAAGGCCGUGGAGCUCAACGAGCUUCUGGUCACCGUCGAGGGUGAGGAGGGUGCCGGUCGCCUCUUCGUACAGCUCCCCGACGGGCGGCAGAAGUCUGUCCGCGUGGAAAACCUUUGUCCCCAGCUGCCAGAGCCGCAGGAGGCUCAGGAGCCCAGCUCGAGCUCCAAGGUCGGGGAGUCUGGACAGCCUGGAGAGGAUUCGGCUCUACCACAGAAGCUCAGAUUGGAGCCUGCCUGCAUCCCUUGCAGCGGAGCGGAAGUAGUCAUCGAGGCUCGAGAUCUUGCGGGAACCAUCAGCGAGGUCUGGGUGGAUGGCACUAGCUGCGAAGUGCUGGAGGAUUUGUCCAAGCGGGACUCACCCUCAGUUCGCGUGCGGGUGCCCGCCUGCAGAAACCGCGCAGGCGGCGCUGCGCUGGUGGAAGUGCGAUCCGUUGAUUGGGCACGCCACAUGAUCCGCGAAGAGGCAGCCAAGUACUUUCCUCUUCUGACAUUCGCUACGUGCAGCCCCAACAUAGAGCUGACGUCCAGACAGGGCGAUGAUACAGAGACGCCUUACCUGGACGUGGCCACGCGGCAGAAGGGGCUCAUCAGUGCAGUAGCCUUGACCAGCGAGCUUUCACCAGUACAGGGACGGCAGCGCUACUUCUUCCAGGUGAAGAUCGAAGCGAUGGCCGAGAAACGCUCGAACCGGACCUUGGCACUGGGCUUUGUGUGGCCUCUUCCGCAUGCGUUGCUGUUGGAGGGAGACGACGCCCCGCAGCCCCAGCUUAAGCGCCGCGCAUCACUCUGGUCAUCCGAUGGCCACAUGCCUGAGCUCGCUCACCAGCUACCCAGAUGCUUGGUAGCCUACAUGGGGGGCCGGGAGCUUGCUAAGAUCGCCUGGCGCCCGCUUCUGGAGUGCAUCGUCGGCGCAGAGCUGGGUGUGGUCUUGGACGAGGGCGAGGAGAAGUGCGUGGUGGAGGGCCCAUUGAGUGAAGAGUGGAGGUGGCCCAGCCUAGGUGCACCCAACGGCGUCCUGGACGUUUGCGGGACGGUGACCAGCGUUUCGCUUUCUCAGGGGGCACAGCCUCCCUACCUGCCCUUGUCGCUCACUGAGGAUGCUGCUCAGGAAGGGGCGGAGAAAAGGUUCGAAAGACAUGACAAGAUCCUGCAACAGCGCAGCACCCCAGAGCGCGCCCAGUGCCCCACUGCCAAACUGACUCAACAUGACCAUGGCAAGAUGCCACACGAGGAAAGAUCCGGAGUGGUCUCCUUGGACCAGGCUGCCGAUAGCAGUGGCUGGCCGGAACAGGUGUUGAAGGACGUCUGUAAGCAGCCCUUCGUGGUGGAGUCGCCUGAAAGCUUCCUCAGCUUCGUCCGCUAUGCCGACCACUCGCAGGCCCAGAUGUGCAUCCUUCGCGAUGGUCUCCAGAAGCUGGCGCUUGAGACCUCGCUUCCCCAAGCCUUGCGGGAGGCGUGCACGCAACACCGAACUGCCGUGGAGGCCGUCUUGGCGUUCCAGGAUGCGUCCGACUUUGAAUUGGACGGCGAUGUCUUCACCUGGCCAGGGACAUCUGGAGGAUAUUCCUGCAAGCGCACCGAGAUCAAGGGAGGCAGCAUGUGUCAGCGUCUGACUCGCGCAAAAGCCGCUGAAACCGACGAUGGGCUGAUCUAUGUCGCAGAGCUGAACUGUGCCAAGAAAACUGCCCACCACUUCACCGGCGAGCGCUGCAGAACACUUACCAACAAGGACGUCCGAGACUGCGCUGAUGUGUCCUUCCAUCCUUGUACAGAUGUGGUGGAGUUGCCCAUGUGGGACCGCGGACACUCCUUCGUGGGUGCUCCGGGGGUCGGGAGCUGCCUCCACGUGGAUCAGGCUUGGUGGAGCAACGUCGCCAAGAACUUCACAGGACAGAAGCUCGUGGCGCUUUGGGGUCCCGGUGACGCUGAAGAGAUCGUGCAGCGGCACGAAGGAGAGCUCUUCCGCAGGCCUUUGUCGCCAGAGCAGACGCAAGCUCUAUCAAAGGCGGCCGUCAUCGCUUUGCUGCAGCCGGGAGAUGUUGCGAGUUUCAGUGGCGGCCUGCCACACGCCACAGUUGUGGUGGGCACGGAGCUGAACCUCACCGCGUACGAGAGCCUCGUCAACUGGCACCCCGCCAAUGCAGGCCUCCUGCUGCGCGGCUUGGAACGCAGAGGCAAGGGCGUGAUGACCAGAAAGGCGAAAGAGGGCCUGCUGGAGGAUAUCGUCGAAGUCGUGAAACGACACGCAUCGGUGGAGGCUCCAGGCCUUUGGGACGAGGACCAAGGCCGUGUUUUGCUGCUGCAGCUGGGGUCCUCCAAUGACGACAAAGGCAAGGUGGAUGGAGAGGUACAGCAGCGAGCUGUCAAGACCACAUCCCUCUGGAGAGCCCUAACUGCCGCUGGCCAGCAUGUGUCCGUCCUCGUCUCGGGCGGUGCCGACCCAAAUCGCUUCUUCAACCGAACUUCCACCUCACACUGGAGAUACGUGAGGCAAGCUUUGCUGGAUUGCGGGCUUCCGGCAGAACACAUCGUCAACCCAGGUCUCGAGGCUCUCCACACCGUGGACGAGGCCCUCAUGGCGGUGGAGUACGUCCGCGAACACAGUGUCGGGAGGCUUUGGGUCAUCACCAGCGACUUCCACGCAGCCCGUGCCCGUCACCUUUUCCACGUGGCCUUCGUGUCUGCCGGGCUUUCUGUGGACCUUUUGGUCCUCGGCGUGCCGGAUGCUUGCGAAGGCGAGGUGCUCCAAGCCUACAAGGCCAAAGAGGUGAAGGCUUUGGAGGGCCUCCGUUCUGCUCCCUAUGGCGCCUGGGCCACCUAUCUGAGCGGGGCAGCCGAGCCCGCCGUGGCGGCGGAACUGAAUGCCGAUCGUCGUGUCCACGAGCCGUUCUUUCUCACGGCGGCAGCUGCAGGCAACCUUCGCGGUGCCUUCCGUGCCGUGCUGAAGGGCUCCCGCCGUUGCCGCCGCUUCUUGGAGACAGAGGACGGCGGCAGCGCGGAGUUCUCGGACAGUGGAACGAGGAGCGACUUAUCCGAGAAGGCCAGAGAAGCGAAGAAGCCUCGGCUGAGCGGCGCUGUGACCUGA